AUGCCCAGCCGAGACCUCACCGUUGUCCGAAUCCCGCUCAAGAGGGCCAAGCAUCAUUUCGGGGUUGCUUCGUCGAGGGGCCAACGCUCUUACAACGAGGAUACCAACCAGGCCGGCACCAUCAGCAUGCCAGCGUUUGCCAAGCGGGCUCCUAUUAGUCUUCAGAGAAGGCCGAUUCAGAAGCCUAACGAGGCAACGUCCGCUGACAGCGCACUCGGUGACCCUCAAGUCUUUUACUUUGGCAUUUUUGAUGGCCACGGUGGGACCCAAUGCGCCGAGUUCCUGCGAGAUGAACUGCAUGGUUACAUCGAGCAGGCGUCCGCAGACUUUGGACUUCAGAGCAGCUUGAAGACAAACCGACAAGAGACGGGCCGCAAGGACGAGGACCCCGAGAGAUCCGAAGAGCUCUUCAUGAAAACUGAAGAGGAGGUCAGGGACGAGAUUCGAGUUCCCGAGCAAGAUAAGCAUGGCGUCUUGAAGAACCCCGAGAGGAAGGAGCCCUUGGUGGGAGUCGAUCCAGUCUCUGCCAAGGUAGACGAUAUCCCCAAGGCCGUCAAGCUGGAACAAGAACUGGUAGAGGAGUAUCGGCAGACCGUUGGCGGGUACUUCAGGCGUUUCAACCCCCAGUACUUCAAACUCUUGGACGACAAAAAGGAGAACGACAGUGACGAAACCCCGGUGACGGUGGAGUCGGUUCUCAUGUACGCCUUUCUUAGGGCAGAUCUAGACUUCAUAUCUGCUCAGGCUCGCAAGCCCGACCCUGACGACCCGCAAGCGAGCGACCGCCCUGUAAACCACGACGAAAUCCUCGGGGUGCCGCAUAAACCGCCAUCCGGGCACGGUAUUGGGGGUCUCUCGCGCUUCAAAGGCGGCUCGACGGCAUCUAUAGUCCUCAUCUCGACGCCCACGCCCGCACCCUUCUGGCACCCCAAUGCGCAAUCCACCUUGAUAGUUGCGCAUGUUGGUGACACACGCAUUCUUCUCUGCCAGACAACCACCGGCCUUGCACAGCCCCUGACGUCAGAUCAUCAUCCUACCACGCCCACCGAAAGUCGUCGCCUUCGUCGGUACGCGCCGGCGGGAUCCAUGGUCUCGGCAGACAGCUUCGGCGAGGACCGAAUCGCCGGGCUCGCCAACAGCCGCGCAUUCGGUGACAUGCGCAGCAAGCGGAUCGGUGUGUCGGCCGAGCCGGAAAUCACCCGCGUCGAGGUCGGCCCGGCCGAGUACUCGUUCCUGGUCCUUAUGAGCGACGGCAUCUCGGGCACGCUCAGCGACCAGGAGAUUGUCGAUGUAAUCAAGGAGGCCAGGACGCCCGAGGAGGGCGCUAAGAAUGUGGUCAACUACGCCACCGAGGUCUCGCACGACGGUGACAAUGCCACGUGUCUUGUCGUCAGACUCGGUGGAUGGGAGCGCCGGUCUGAGGGCGGAGUCGGCAGCCUCGGGACCAAGGAGAUUCGCGACAAGAGGAGGACGGAGGCGCUGGAUCCCCGGCGAGGCAAGCAGUGA